UAAAAAAAAACUUUGGAACGUCCGGGCGACUUUUCACCAGAUCCGGUGCACAACCAAACUCAAGGUGGCGAGGACCAAAUUACGAAUUACCAAUUCUACUCUCCUCUUUAACAGCGGAAACCAGAGCGGGAAAACGUAACCACGAAGCAAGACCAUAGAAGACGAAGAGCAGAGGAGACAUGGCUGGUGGCGACGGGAUUUUGGGAAACAGAAAAUCGAGCAUAUCGAAUCCAAGGAAAUGGGUGAAGAGCCGAGAGAGAUGGCUGGUGGUGUUGGGCGUGAUACUUCACGCCGUUUAUAUGCUAAGCAUCUUCGAUAUCUACUUCAAGACCCCCAUUGUUCAUGGCAUGGAUCCCGUCAAACCCCGCUUCCACGCUCCUGCAAAGCGGCUCGUUCUCCUCGUUGCUGAUGGUUUGCGUGCUGACAAAUUCUUUGAGCCCGAUUCGGAGGGAAACUACAGAGCGCCAUUUUUAAGAAGUGUGAUUAAAGAGCAUGGUCGCUGGGGAGUGUCUCAUGCUCGUCCUCCAACAGAAUCGAGGCCCGGACAUGUUGCCAUAAUCGCGGGUUUCUAUGAGGAUCCCAGUGCAGUAACAAAAGGGUGGAAAGCGAACCCGGUAGAGUUUGAUUCAGUAUUCAAUCGAAGUCGGCAUACGUUUGCUUUUGGUAGCCCUGAUAUAGUUCCAAUUUUCUGUGGGGCCUUGCCACACAGCACCUGGAAAACAUAUCCUCAUGAAUUUGAAGACUUUGCAACUGAUGCCUCCUUUCUGGAUGAGUGGUCUUUUCAUCAAUUUCAGAGUCUUUUUAAUAGGUCCAAUGAAGACCCAAAGUUGAAGGAAUUGCUUCUACAGGAUAAUCUUGUUAUAUUUUUGCACUUACUUGGUUGUGACUCGAAUGGUCAUGCACAUAGACCAUAUUCUUCCAUUUAUCUCAAUAAUGUUAAGGUUGUUGACAAUAUUGCCGUAAGGGUUUACAACGUUCUUGAAGAUUAUUUCAAGGACAAUCGUACAGCGUACAUAUUCACUGCUGAUCAUGGGAUGAGUGACAAAGGUAGCCAUGGUGACGGGCAUCCAUCAAACACUGACACUCCCCUUGUUGUUUGGGGUGCUGGUGUUAAAUAUCCGAGGCCAGUUUCUAGCAGCAACCAUUCUGACUGUGGUUUUCGUUUUGUUGAUGAACAUAUGCAUGACACACCAACGCCCGCAGAAUGGGGCCUUCAUGACAUUGAAAGGGUGGAUGUCAAUCAAGCUGAUAUUGCACCGCUCAUGUCAACUCUUCUAGGUUUGCCAUGUCCUGUCAACUCGGUUGGAAGUUUGCCUCUUGACUACAUCAACAUAAAUGAGGCAGCAGAGGUUGAAGCUGUUCUAGCUAAUACGAAGCAAAUUCUGAACCAGUUUCUUCGGAAGUCACAAAUAAAACAGGCUAAUUCAUUAAGUUUCAAGCCUUUCAAACCCCUGGCCCACUAUUCCUCAGUCUUGGACCAAAUUGAGGAACUCAUAUCUGGCAGAAACUAUGAAGCAGCAACGAAGCUAGCCGAAGAUCUCCGAAGCUUGGCACUGCAAGGACUCCAUUAUUUUCAAACAUACGAUUGGCUGAUGCUUAUGAGUGUCAUUGGCCUUGGAUAUCUUGGUUGGAUGAUCUAUCUUUUUCUUUACGUGCUGCAAUCUUAUACUUCAUUGCCAGGUGAUCUCUUUAGAAAGGAACAAACAGCUUACCAAACACAAGAUACCAGAAAAGUUCAAGUAUGUGGAUGCCUUUUGAUGGCGGUAAUUAGUAUUCUUCUGCUUCUUGAACGUUCUCCUCCUCUUUACCAUGCCUACACUGCAAUGACGGUGUUUUCAUGGACACAAAUAUUUAGUGAAUACCGGUUUAUAAAAGCAUUGUGGAAGCAGUUACAUGGAAGAAGAAUUUAUUACAUGGCCAAAAUUCUAGCCACCUGUGCUGUGUCAGUAUUCAUUUCUGAAUUUCUGGUCAAUAGCUUCACAGAGAGGAAACUCUAUUCUUGGUAUUUCCUGGUUGCGGGAGUUGUUGCUUCAGUUUAUGUAUUUAAGUCAAUUCCAUGGCGAUCUGGGAUACCAAUAUUUGUUUGUGUCGUGUGUUGGUUCUUAUCUAUCUUUACCCUAAUGCCAGCAGAAAUUCCAGAUAAUACUUAUUUAGUAAUCGGGAGUGGAGCCAUGAUCAUCAUUAUAGGAAUUGCAGCAAGGUGGCUUGAUCUCCAUGCUGAAGGAAAUAAAUAUUGGCUUAGUCUCUGUAAUCAUGAGAUCAAGAAACCAAAGUUUCCCAUGCUUUUUCAUUUACAGGUGCUUUUGGUUGGUUUAUCAUCUGUCAUGGUGCCGUUAUCAACGUCUCAUAGGACACAAAAACAAGAACUGCUUCCACUACACCAGUUCAUUAAUUGGUCCAUUGCUGGUUUCUCAAUGGUUCUCCCUUUGUUUUCGGAAAAUAGUCUCUUAUCCCGGCUUACUUCUAUAUUCCUCGGUUUUGCACCCCCUUUCCUUCUGUUAUCCAUCGGAUAUGAAGCUGUCUUUUAUGGUGCUCUCGCUCUUGUACUUAUGGCAUGGAUACUAUUUGAAAACACAAUUAUUUACACGAGUAAGGUGAAAAGAUCAUCAGCUUCCUUCAAAAAUUUGGAGGGUAAUAUUCUGGAAGCCAAUGAUAGAUACUUGCAGUUGUCUGACGUGAGGAUUCCGUUAGUUUUUAUGGUUUUAUUUAAUGUCGCCUUCUUCGGAACGGGAAAUUUUGCAAGUAUUGCAAGUUUUGAGAUUUCAUCCGUUUAUCGAUUCAUUACCAUCUUCAGUCCGUUCCUGAUGGCAGCCUUACUUAUCUUCAAGCUAUUCAUUCCAUUCAUGCUUGUCAUAUGCGUAUUCAGUGCAAUAACAAAGAUGAACCGACUUCCACGACUGGGAUGUUAUUUUCUCGUCAUAUUAUUUUCAGAUAUUAUGACUAUCCAUUUCUUCUUCCUGGUACGAAAUACAGGAAGUUGGAUGGAAAUUGGCAACAGCAUCAGCCAUUUUGGAAUCGUGAGCGCUCAAGUUGUGUUUGUGCUCUUGCUUUUUGCCCUCACCAACAUAUACACAAAAGAUAUCCAAAUUAGUUCACUGAAACCGUCCUCUCAGAAAGCAAUGUAAGAAUCCGCAGCUGAAUAGCGGUAAUUUAGCACCAAAAUCUACCGAUUCCCUGAAGAAAUAGUAAGCAUUAACGGUCUUCAUGGAAGCGCUUGUGUUCCUCUUCUAAGAGCAGCUUCUGAUUCUUCCUCUCCUUUGUUUGGAGAAGUGCUUUUUGUUGCUGGAAUUUUGUAGAAGUGCUUGUUGCCCACAUAGGAUUAGCUUCUGACCAAUGGGAUUUUUUUUCCCCCGGUUUCUCCCAUUCAUUGUACGACUACAACUGAAAUUUUGGUUUUCAUGAAGAGUUUACAAGUUAUCAAUACAAGCAGACCAUUAUCAAUUAUUUACAGUUAUUGUUAUUUACAGAAACGAGUUCAGAACGUACAUCAAAUCAUUUUGUGACGUCUGAUUUGAGAUGUAUU